UGAAUUCAGCAUAAACAAACAAACAAAAUACCAUACCAUUCCUGCAAAUGCUAUUCUAUCUACCUCUCUUCACUUCUGAUCGAUAAUAUACAUACAUACAUAUAUAUAUAUAUAUAUAAGAAGAAAGUUAUUGGAGUGGAUCCAAGGAGUUCCUUAGAUACGGACUAUAUAUAUAUAUUAAUUAACUGCCGCAGUUAUAGCUCGUCGCCUUUAGAUUCUUCUUGCAGUUAUAUAUAUUUAUAGAGAGAGAGAGAGAGAGAGAGAGAGAGAGAGUAGUGUUGACUGUAACUAGUGUGUGUUAAUGGAGAUGAUGAAGGGAGAAAGAGUUGAGGAGAUGAUGACUGUGGAUUGGAGAGGAAGACCUUCCAACCCUCUUAAGCAUGGCGGAAUGAGAGCUGCAGCCUUUGUGCUAGGAGUGCAAGGAUUCGAGAUAAUGGCGAUAGCAGCAGUGGGGAACAACCUGAUAACAUACUUAAUAAACGAGAUGCACUUCUCCCUCUCGAAAUCAGCCAACACAGUCACCAACUUCGUCGGCACCGUCUUCCUCCUCGCCCUCCUCGGCGGCUACCUCUCCGAUUCCCACCUCGGCUGCUUCUGGACCAUGCUUAUCUUCGCCUUUCUCGAGCUCUCCGGUUUUAUCUUGCUGUCGGUCCAAGCUCAUCUUCCCCAGCUGAAACCCCCAAAAUGCGAGACGAUGAUGACCAACACGGGCGUGUUGUGCGAGGAGGCGACGGGGUUCAAGGCCCUGAUAUUCUUCGUUGCCCUUUAUCUGGUGGCGUUGGGGAGCGGCUGCGUGAAGCCAAACAUGAUUGCCCAUGGCGCAGACCAGUUCAGUCAGGACAACCCUAAGCAAUCCAAAAACCUGUCCAGAUACUUCAAUGCUGCCUACUUCGCCUUCUCCGUGGGCGAGCUCCUCGCCCUCACUCUCCUCGUCUAUGUCCAGACACACUCCGGCAUGGACGUCGGCUUCGGCGUCUCCGCCGCCGCCAUGGCCAUGGGACUCAUCGCCCUCAUCUCCGGCACGCUUUUCUACCGGAAUAAACCUCCUCAGGGCAGCAUCUUGACACCUAUUGCUCAGGUGGUUGUGGCUGCAAUUUUAAAGAGAAAGCAGGUUUGUCCAUCUGAUCCUCGGAUGCUUCAAGGAAACUACCAAAAGGACCAUCUUUCUGACAACCCCAAUCUUCAACUCACUCAAAGAUUUAGAUUCCUAAACAAAGGGUGCAUCAAGAACUUGGAGGAGGAGAGUCCAUGGCGGCUGUGCAGCGUGGGGCAGGUGGAGCAGGUGAAGAUCCUCAUCUCAAUGCUUCCCAUUUUCGCCUGCACCAUCGUCUUCAACACGCUCCUCGCCCAGUUGCAGACCUUCUCCGUCCAGCAGGGCGCCGCCAUGGACGCCCGCCUCCCCGGCUCCUCCUUCAAGGUCCCGCCAGCGUCUCUCCAGGCCAUACCUUAUUUAUUGCUAAUCUUCCUCGUCCCUCUCUACGACGCCUUCUUCGUCCCCUUCGCCCGCCGGUUCACCGGCCACGCCUCCGGCAUCACCGCCAUGCAGCGCAUCGGCGCCGGCCUGUUCCUCGGGACGUUCUCCAUGGUCGCCGCCGCCGUCAUGGAGAGCAGGCGGCGGAGCGCCGCCGUCUCGGAGAAUCGGAGCCUGUCGAUUUUUUGGAUCGCGCCGCAGUUCCUGAUUUUCGGGGUGUCGGAAAUGUUCACCGCCGUCGGCCUGGUGGAGUUCUUCUACAAACAGGCGGCGGCGAUGAAGGGGAUGAUGAUGAUGCAGUCGUUUCUCACCGCCGUUACCUAUUGUUCGUAUUCGUUUGGGUUUUUCUUGAGCUCCGUCCUCGUCUCGCUCGUUAAUAAGGUUACAGCGGCGCGGUCGCCGGCCGGCGGCGGCGGAGGAUGGUUGGGGGACAACAAUCUGAAUAAAGACAGAUUGGAUUUGUUCUAUUGGCUGCUGGCGGGGCUGAGCUUUCUAAAUUUCCUCAACUAUCUGUUUUGGGGGAGAUGGUAUUCCAAGAACCGCCGGGAGGAUAUUCCGGCGACGUUUCCGCCGGAGAACGAAGAUAAAGACGCCGGAGAUAUUAAUGUUAGUACUAAUAAUAAUAAUGUGUAUCGUUUGAACGAGGUUGUAUGAUUAUAAUUUUAAUUGUAAUUUUUCUGUAUUUGUAAUUCAAAAAUUGUACUGAUGGGUAGAGUAAUUGAGGGGAGUUUAUUUAUAUAUAUAUUUAUAUAUAAUGAAAAUUAAGUGUAGCCAUGCAUGCAUGCAAUAGGAAAAUUGUGAUAGAAUAUUGCAGCAUAUAUAUAUAUAUAUAAAUGUAUGUAUAGAUUAUGGAAAUGAAAUAAUUUAAUGCCCUUUCUGCUCUC